UAUUUCUCAUUAUGCAACUAAAGUAUUCAGCAAUGUUGCUUCAAGCUCUAGCUAUCCUCUUCAUCACACUGUCAUUCAUUGUUUUUGUGUUUCAAAAGAAACAUGAUGGGAGAACUGCACCAGGUCCCAAACCCUUGCCCAUUAUUGGUAACCUUCACAUGUUAGGAAAACUCCCACAUCGAGCCCUUCAAUCUCUUGCCAAAACAUAUGGUCCCAUAAUGUCCUUAAAGCUAGGGCAGACCCCAGUCAUAGUGGUUUCUUCUCCACAAACUGCAGAACUGUUCCUGAAAACCCAUGACAUUGUUUUUGCCAGCAGACCCAAAACCCAAGCCACAGAAUUUCUUUCUUAUGGCAGUAAAGGUAUGGCCUUUUCUGAGUACGGUGCAUACUGGCGCAACGCCAGGAAAGUGUGCACUCUGCAGCUUCUGAGUGCCUCAAAGGUUGAGAUGUUUGCUCCUCUGAGAAGACAAGAGCUGGGAGUGUUGGUGAAGUCGCUGAAAAAUUCUGCAGAAUCAGGUGAGGUUGUUGAUCUGAGUCAGUUGCUGGGAGAGCUUAUGGAGAACAUCGUGUUCAAAAUGGUGUUGGGGCGUGCCAAAGAUGAUAGAUUUGACUUAAAAUUUCUGAUUCACGAAGUGAUGAACUUGAUUGGAUCAUUCAAUCUUGCAGAUUACAUGCCCUGGCUAGGCGUGUUUGAUCUUCAGGGAAUAACAAAAAGAUUAAAGAAAACAGCAAAGUCGUUUGAUGAGCUAUUGGAACAAAUAAUCCAAGAACAUGAAAGUAAUCCAUAUGACGAAAAUAAGAAUCGCAAUAUGGACUUUGUGGAUAUUUUGCUGUCACUCAUGCAUCAACCCGACGAUUUUCAAGACGCCAUUGAUAGAACAAACGUGAAAGCUAUCAUAUUAGACAUGAUAAGUGCAGCAUUUGACACCGCUUCCACAACAGUAGAAUGGGCCAUGUCACAACUCCUGAGGCACCCUUCUGUCAUGAAAAGACUUCAACAGGAGCUAGAACAUGUGGUCGGAAUAAACAGACACGUGGAGGAAAAUGACUUAGAAAAGUUGUCUUAUUUGAACAUGGUGGUGAAGGAAACACUAAGGUUACACCCAGUCGGACCUUUGUUGGUACCUCGCGAGUGUCGAGAAGAUGUUACCAUUGAUGGCUAUUUGAUAAAGAAAAAAACAAGAGUUAUGGUAAAUGUUUGGGCUAUAGGGCGAGAUCCUAAAGUUUGGGACAGGGCUGAGAUUUUCGACCCUACAAGGUUUGAGAAUGAUAAUAUAGAUGUUCGUGGAAAGGACUUUCGGAUUUUACCAUUUGGGUCGGGUCGAAGAGUGUGCCCCGGGAUUCAUAUGGGUUUAACGACGAUUAGUUUUGUUUUGGCUCAAUUAGUGCAUUGUUUUGAUUGGGAGCUUCCAUUGGGCAUGUCUUGUGAUGAGUUAGACAUGGAAGAGAUAUUUGGGCUCACUAUACCAAGAAAAAAGCAUCUAUUAACUAGACCAGUUCAUCGACUACUUGAUUAGGUUUUAAGAACGGAUACUAAUGCAAAACAAGGUCCAUCUAUAUUUGUGGUUGAUUUCAAUUCCAAUUUGAGACACAAGUUUGAAUAAUCAUUUUGAUUUUUGAUUUUGGA